AUUAAAUAGCUUCUCCUCCGAGGGCUUUUGAAGUGGAAGCACACUUCCUACUCCUGCCCGAGCGGCUCUCCCAGCAUGAGAGCGGCACCUGCGCUUGCGGCCCGGGUAGGGAGCCUUCGCCUCGGCUUCUUGCUUCUGCUUUCCUUCCGGCUAGACCCAGAGGUGCUGGCCAGAGAGCUGAAGUUCGUGACUCUGGUAUUUCGGCAUGGAGACCGAAGUCCCAUUGAAACCUUUCCCAAUGAUCCCGUUAAGGAAUCCUCGUGGCCACAAGGGUUUGGCCAACUCACCCAGCUGGGCAUGGAGCAGCAUUAUGAACUAGGAGAGUAUGUGAGGAAAAGAUAUAGAAGAUUUUUGAACGAGUCCUACAAACACGAGCAGGUGUACAUCCGCAGCACGGACGUGGACCGCACCUUGAUGAGUGUGAUGACAAACCUCGCAGCCCUGUUUCCCCCGGAGGGCGCCGGCGUCUGGAAUCCCAGCCUGCCCUGGCAGCCCAUCCCCGUGCACACGGUCCCCCUUUCUGAGGAUCGGUUGCUGUACCUGCCUUUCAGGAACUGCCCCCGUUUUCAGGAACUUCAGAGUGAGACUUUGCAGUCAGAGGAGUUCCAGAAGAGGCUGCAGCCUUACAAGGAUUUUAUAGAAACCCUGCCAAAACUUUCAGGAUUCCAUGGCCAGGACCUUUUUGGAAUUUGGAGUAAAGUCUACGACCCUUUAUAUUGUGAGAGUGUUCACAAUUUCACCUUACCCUCCUGGGCCACUGAGGACACCAUGACUAAGUUGAAAGAAUUAGCAGAAUUGUGCCUCCUAUCCCUCUACGGAAUCCACAAGCAGAAAGAGAAAUCUCGACUCCAGGGGGGUGUCCUGGUCCGUGAGAUCCUCGACCACAUGAAGAGCGCAGCUCAGACACCGGGCUACAGAAAACUCGUCGUGUAUUCUGCGCAUGACACGACGGUGAGCGGCCUGCAGAUGGCCCUGGACGUCUACAAUGGGCUUCUUCCUCCCUACGCCUCUUGCCACCUGAUGGAGCUGUACCUCGAGAAGGGGGAGUACUUCGUGGAGAUGUACUAUCGGAAUGAGACUGGUCGCGAGCCACAUCCCCUCACGCUACCUGGCUGCGCUGCCAGCUGUCCUCUGGAGAAGUUUGCUGCGCUGGUUGCCCCUGUGAUCCCUCAAGACUGGUCCGCGGAGUGUACGACCACAAGCAACCACCAAGUUCUCAGGGUCGUCCUCGCUGUGACCUUUUGCCUGGUGUCUGCCAUCCUGAUGGUGCUGCUGUUCACCCUCGUUCGCCAUGGUCCCUGCUGGCAGAGAGACUCCUAUGGGAGCAUCUGA